UUAACUUUUUUGGGUUUGUGCAAGCUGGUUUUGCGGAUAGGGAUUCGUUGUGUUGUUGCUCUGGUGUUGGUUUCCCUAUAUCUCGUUUCUUUAAAAACUUAUAUUUUGUAAAGUUUUGAUGAAUUAUUGUUUGCUAUGAAUAUGAGCUUUGUAGAUUAUGUGGUUCUUUUAGUUAGUUUCGAACUUCUAAUGAUUUUGCUUACUGGACGGUCGGAUUGAUUUUUUAUCUUUGUCAUUUAUUUUUCUAUUUCUCGUUGGGUAUUAUUAUUUUUGUUAGCCGUUGAUGGUCGUUUGAGUGGUGUUGAGACUGCGAUUUCGAGCAGAUUUUGAUUGUUUCUACGUCGUUAGUUAUGGGGUUUAUUUUAUUUUACCCCAAAUGUACUCAGCUUAUUCAAGAGGUCGAUGCCAUUGUUUUUGUCGUCAAUGGUUACUGCAGGGUUCGAUGAAACCAGUCAAUUGGAAGGUCACAUCAUCCUGUUUGAUGAUUGAAUGAAGUACAUCUGCAUGCAUGGAGAGAGCUGGUGAAGAAGUGACCGCAAAUGAUGCGGCAGAGGGUGAACAUCUCAGAAGGAAAUACAACAAUCAACCCUUGAAACCAGACGGCUGGAAUAUGUUGGAAUCUUCGACUAUGUUUUUACCUCCUGGUAGUGAUUGGCCUGGAGCCUCACCUCAAGUGUAUAGAGAUGCCUUAGAGGGUCAGAGUCUGAAACGAUUUGUAAACUCUGUAGCUGGAUCUGAACCUGCUACUUCUAGCCCUUCUUCUAUGAAUGAUGCUGGGGUCAGGGUUGAAGAGUUAACGGUGAAAAAUUACAAGAAUCCAAACCUAGCGACGGUUGGCAGCUCAAACAGUAGAGAAGAAAUGCAGCGUUGGGACCAGGAAUGGGAAGUUUUUUAUCAGUUGGCAGGUGGCCUUGGAAGUGAGAGUUUGCAUGGUGACAUGGCUACCAGGGACAAGGACCCACCAAUGGCAAGCAACAGAGAUGAGGUAAGGAGCAUGUUUCCCCCUGGGGCUUCGGUUCAAAAGCCUUCACCCAGUAAGCAUUCUAAUCAGGAACAUGCUGAAAUCUCCAAACAAUUAACCACUACUAACAGAGAUACUAUCUCAAGCAAUGCAUUAUCAACUGGAGGUGUUAGGAGUAAGGUUCUAUCGUCAUCCGGCUUUUCUCAGUUUUUUCUGAAGAAUACAUUAAAAGGGAAGGGAGUUCUAUCUAGAUAUACGGGAGCUCAAGAUGGCAUUGAUGUUGCAGACACAGGCAAGAAUAAUGGGAAGACUACAUGUGUCACUGGGGUGGCUUUUGAUGCAUCUCUUGCUGCAAGUGCAAAAGCAGAAGAUCCUCCCACACAGACUGUGGCUGGCAUGGGUCCCGCUAUGAUUCAUGGUGAAAUCAGUUUAAGGGAGUGGAUGAAAUCUAGGAGUCAUAAAAUAAAUAAAGUUGAGAGCAUCCAUAUAUUUAGGCAGAUUGUGGAGCUGGUGAAUCUGUCACAUUCUCAAGGAGUUGCUUUGCCAGAUGUUUAUCCAUCUUGUUUCGUGUUGUUGCCAUCAAAUCAGGUUAAGUAUAUUGGUUCACUGGCUCAAAGAUUAGAGAGUGUCAUAAAUCAAGAUAUUCCCUACUUGGAACAUCAUUUGAGUAGGAAGAGGCCCUUUGGACAGGGUAUGCAUGGUUAUAAUUCCACAAUACAUAACAAAUAUAGCAAGCAGAUGAUGUUUAUUGGACAACAGCCUCAAUUUCCGGCUAGAUCUGGCUUCAGGUAUAAAACAUUAAAAGAGAGUGAUAUUAGUAAUAUGGCUGUACAGGAGUUGGGGUAUGGUCUUAGUGACCGAUACAACUCAAAUAUAGAAUGCAAUACUGUAAAUAAGUAUGGAGCACCGGUUGUAUCUAAUACCACUCGACAACUGAUGACAUCUAGGCAUGUUCAGUUGGAAGAGAAGUGGUACGCUAGUCCAGAGGAACUGAAUGACAGGGAGUGCACCUUUUCGUCAAAUAUAUACAGUCUGGGCAUUCUUCUAUUUGAGUUACUUAGCUGCUUUGAAUCAUGGGAAGUUCAUGCGGCAGCAAUGUCGGGCAUACGCAAUCGAAUUCUCCCUCCAAGUUUUUUGUCAGGAAACUCCAUGGAGGCUGGUUUCUGUCUGUGGCUUCUUCAUCCUUCUUCAAGGCCAACAACAAGGGAUAUCUUGCAACAUGAAUUGGUACGUGAAUCUCGAGAAUUGUCAUAUGGAGGUGAUUUGACAUCAUCUGUUGAGGAAGAUGAUGCUGACUCAGAGCUGUUACUGCAUUUUCUUAUAUCUCUGAAGGAACAAAAGCAGAAUCAGGCAUCCAAGUUAGGUGAAGGCAUUGGAUCCUUAGAAGCAGAUAUACAUGAGAUUGAGAAGAGGAACUUAUCAAAAACAACAAAUGCUCUAUCUCAAAUGCUCAAGGAGUCCACCACUGCUAGAGAAUUAGGUUUCCUUAAGGAACCUUUACGCUCAGAUGCACUUUAUAGGUUAUCUCCCACGUCUAAUAAGAAGGAAGAGAGGUUGAUGAAGAAUAUAAGCCAGCUUGAAAAUGUUUAUUUCUCUAUGAGGUCUCAAGUCCAGAUUCAAGAUACUGAUGCUAUAACACGCUCAGAUAAAGAGUUGUUGAAGAACCGAGAUAGAUGGAUCCCAAUUCAAAAUGAAAGUGAAGUGGGGGGCCUUAACCAAAUUAAUGAUCCCCUUGGAGCAUUUUUUAGUGGCUUAUGCAAGUAUGCUCGCUAUAGUAAGUUUGAAGUUCGCGGGACAUUAAGAAAUGGGGAUCUUCUCCACCCAGCAAAUGUGAUUUGCUCAUUGAGUUUUGAUCGGGAUGAGGACUACUUUGCUACUGCUGGGGUAUCAAAAAAAAUUAAGAUAUUUGAGUUCAAUGCACUCCUCAAUGAUUAUGUUGAUAUCCAUUACCCAGUUAUUGAGAUGGCAAGCAAAUCUAAGCUGAGUUGUGUUUGCUGGAACAACUAUAUUAAGAAUUAUUUGGCCUCGACUGAUUAUGAAGGUGUGGUUCAGUUAUGGGAUGCAAGCACUGGUCAAGGUUUUUCUCAAUUUAUAGAUCAUGAAAAGAGAGCUUGGGCUGUUGACUUCUCUCGGAUGGACCCCACCAAAUUAGCCAGUGGAAGUGAUGACUUUUCUGUGAAAAUAUGGAGCAUAAAUGAGAAAAACUGUAUUGGGACGAUUAAAAAUGCUGCUAAUGUCUGCUGCGUUCAGUUCUCUGCUCAUUCCACCCAUUUGCUGGCCUUUGGUUGUGCUGAUUACAAGACCUUCUGCUAUGAUCUUCGGAAUACAAGAAUUCCGUGGUGUACAUUGGCUGGGCAUGGGAAGGCUGUUAGCUUUGUGAAGUUCUUAGAUUCGGAAACCCUUAUUUCUGCGUCCACUGACAACACCCUAAAGCUUUGGGAUCUCAAAGAGACAAGUUCUAGUGGGUUAUCGACAACUGCUUGCCGCCUAACUUUUAGAGGUCAUACUAAUGGAAAGAACUUUGUGGGCUUAACCGUAUCAGAUGGAUAUAUAGCAUGCGGUUCAGAAACAAAUGAGGUAUAUGCUUAUUAUAGAUCUUUGCCUAUGCCCAUCACUUCUCACAAGUUUGGCUCCUUUGAUUCUGUUACUGGGAAAGAGACUGGUGAUGAUAAUGGACAAUUUGUUUCCAGCGUCUGUUGGAGAGGAAAGUCAAAUACGGUUGUAGCUGCCAAUUCUAGUGGAAGUAUUAAACUGUUACAAAUGGUGUGAGAAGUGGUUAACAAUGUAUGUUCAACCAAGGAAAGAUGGACAGUUCUGAAGCUGAAGGUGCACAGCUUUGUGGUCCCAAAGAUUCAUUGAAUCCUUGAGUGGGUGUAAAUAUUAGGGGUCUGAAAGAAGUCACUGUAAGAUGAAGACCCCAACCAGAAGAGAAAUUGAGCCAUCAAAUUCAUUCAAAUUUCAGUUGAACUGGGAUUUGUGUCUCUGACUUUACUCGAAAGGGGCUGUGCCACCAGAAGCCACAGACAGGGUUGAAUAGCUCCAACAAUUACACAGUGUCAAUGCUAUGAGGUGUCAGGCCUUUUCUUCCUCAUCAUGCAAAAAAUGCAGUUGAUUCAGUUGAACACCUCUUGACGCUCUUUGUAAGAAUGUGAAGAAUUUGAAGGGACUACGAUGAGCAAUGUGUGACUGAUUAUGUAUCUUCAACCACCAGUAAGUGCUUGAGGCUUACAUACCAAAAACAAUUGCUACCCUAACCAGAGAGGAUGCCCAAGAUGCAGAAGAUUCUUUUGCUGAACCACUUGUUUAUGAACCGAGGUUUGAGGCUUGGAAAACAGGUGAGGUGGUGGAAACAAGGAAAAGAUUACUACAGAAUCCCAAUUUUUAUUGUUUCUGUACUUCUGCUCACCAGUAAAGGCAUAGUUGGAAUUUAAGGUGUUGUGAUGGGUACAUGGCCAAUCUUUUUAACCAGUAUUCUGAAGGCAGUCCAUGUUUUCAAGGAAGGAAAUGCAUAUUUAACAAGUUUUCACAUAUUCCGAAAUGUCCCAAUUUGAAUUAUAGCGAUGUAAAUUAUUGCCAAAUUAAGUAU